AUGGACUACAGCAGACUUGAAUCAUCUGAAACUCUGAGGAACAAGUGUGCUGCAUGCUACAGGCAGUUCAACAAGAUCGAGCACCUGGUGGAGCACAUGAGAACCUCAUACCACUCUUCUCAUGAACCCUCGUGCGGAAUCUGCAAGAAGCACUGCAGAUCCUUUGAAUCUCUCAGGGAACAUGUCAUAGGGCCAUUGCCAAAACAAGAAUGCAAGAACAUAUUCAGCAGCAGAGGAUGCAAAUACUGCUUAUCUGUCUUUGAUAGCCCUUAUACUCUCAGGCUUCACCAGGACAGGUGCCAACUCUCCGGUGUAGCUGGAUUAAUUGGUCGGUUUGGUAACUUGGGCAUUCGUGACAAUCUGGAUCAUGGUAACUACACAAGAGGCAGUAGUGGUCAAACUGUUGCCCUUGCUUGCAAGAUGGUUGGUGGGGGAAGUGAUGGCUCCCUAGAUCUCUGCGCUAGGGUUUGUCUCACUGAUGAAUAUGAUAACAUCAUCUUCCACACUUAUGUAAAGCCACCCAUGCCAGUCACAAACUAUAGGUAUGAAACAACUGGGAUUCGUCCUGAAUACUUGAGGGAUGCAAUGCCACAGAGGCAAGUGCAAAGAAAGAUUCAAGACUUUUUGUGCAAUGGGGAACCGAUGUGGAAGAUUCGACCUAGAGCAGGAAAAGCUAGAAUUCUCGUGGGUCAUGGUUUGGAUCAUGAUCUCGACUCUCUGCAAAUUGAAUACCCAGCAGUCAUGAUGCGGGAUACUGCAAAAUAUCCUCCACUGAUGAAAACAAGCAAGCUCAGCAACUCACUGAAGUAUCUAACACAAGCAUAUCUUGGGUAUGACAUUCAAAGUGGGAUUCAAGACCCGUAUGAGGAUUGUGUUGCAACAAUGAAGCUCUACAUGCGAAUGAGAUCCCAAGCUCACAAGAUAGAUGCCUAUCCCCUUGCUACUGAUCCGCAAAACCGGAAUAAUUUCGCAUCAUGGCGGCAAGGUGAGCUUGAGAGGAUGAGCCCUGAACAAAUGUUGGACAUUUCCAGGUCUGAUUUCUACUGCUGGUGCUUGGACUGCCGGGAUACAUAG